GGAACUGGGCUUGGAUUUGUAGAAAAAUGUAAUUUGACAGCGCAUACCGGGGCUGCGAUAAUAACCCGUUUCCACUUCAGGAGUGUACGGAACAGAUGCAUUUGAAUGAAGGGAGCCGCGGACCCACGGGACGGUGUCAGUGAGCUGAGGAAACGUCCAGAGUGUGAAACCCGUCAUGUCGUUUUUCAAGAGGAAAGCCAAAAGCAAAGAACCCGAGAGAGGGACCGAUGCUAAAGUCAACAGAGCGCCGGCCAGUCCUAACUCUCCCUCACUCGGCCUGAGGAACCACCAUGCAAUUCAGGAAGCAGCCGGGCCCAGCCAUGUGGCCAUCAACGCCAUCUCUGCCAACAUGGACUCCUUCGCCCGCGGCCGCACCGCCAUCCUCAAGAAGCAGCCGAGCCACAUGGAGGCUGCACACUUUGGAGAUCUCGGUCAUUCCAGUGUGAACUAUCAGCCCCAGGAGUCCCGCUCUCGGCUGUCAAAGACAGUGGACCAUGUCCUUCGGGACAACGUGGCCAUACCCCACUACCUACAUUUCAGUGAACGACGGGGCGCCGACCACCUGGUCCGGUUCUGGUUGGAGGCGGAGAGAUUCCGCUCCGUCAGCUGGUCUCGGGUCCGAGCGCACAGCCUGAACUCUGUCAAACAAAGCACGCUGGCUGAGCCUGUCCCGGCCUCCCCGGACAGCUCGGAGCUCCCAGGACUAAAAGAAACCACGUCUCACACCCUGUCCGGGGACAGCGGCAGUGAACGGCCCUCAUUACAAUCAGAGCAGCAGGACUCCUCCAGCAGAGACGCAGACCUGAGACCUGGCACCCCAAGAGCAGAAACCCCAAAAAGACAGGCCCCCUCCAGGACGGGGACGCCCUACAAGGUGCAGGCGAACAGCACCCUGAAAGAACUCUCUGACAAACUCAUGAAGAGUAUAGAGACAGACGCUGUCACCAUCUUCACCAGGUACAUCUCUCCAGACGCUGUAAGGCCGAUCCCCAUCACAGAGCAGAUCAGAAACGACAUUGUUGCUAAGAUCUGUGGAGAAGACGGCAUGGUGGACCCAAACUGCUUUGUUAUAGCACAGUCGGUGGUCUGCGGCAUCUUGGAACAACAGCACUUUACUGAAUUCCUGCGGAGCCAUCAUUUCUGUAAAUACCAGAUUGAAGUGUUGACGAGUGGCUCUGUGUUCCUGGCUGACAUCUUGUUCUGUGAGUCAGCUCUCUUCUAUUUCUCUGAGUACAUGGAGAAGGAGGAGGCCAUGAAUGUUCUGCAGUUCUGGCUGGCUGCAGACAACUUCCAGAACCAGCUAGCGGCGAAAAAAGGCCAGUAUGACGGUCAGGAGGCUCAAAAUGAUGCUAUGAUCCUCUAUGACAAGUAUUUUUCACUCCAGGCCACAAACCCUCUGGGCUUUGGCGACUCUGUACGGAUGGAGAUAGAGUCGAAUAUCUGCAGAGAGGGAGGGCCGCUGCCUGACUGUUUCACCACUCCACUUAGACAGGCCUGGACCACCAUGGAGAAGGUCUACAUGCCCGGCUUCCUGUCUAGCAACCUUUACUACAAAUACCUGAGUGACCUCAUCAACUCUGUGCGGGCGGACGAGUUUGUGAAUGUCAACACUCAGGGUCAGGGCGGGCAGGCGGACAAUGACCGAUCAAGUUCAAAUGCCAGCGAGGUCUCUCAGACUCAGCUAGGGGCCAAAAAGGCAGCGAUCAAGAUCCUGAAAAACUUCGACGAGGCAAUCACAGUGGACGUCGCCAGCUUGGACCCCGAGUCCUUGUACCAGCGGCCGUACGCUGGGAUGACUUUCGGGAAGGUGAAUGAGAUGGGUCAGUUCAUCAGGGAAGCGGAGCCGGAGCCAGACGUCAAGAAAUCCAAAGGUUCCAUGUUUUCUCUCGCCAUGAAGAAAUGGGUCCAAGGAAACUCAGACGAGGCUCAGGAGGAGAUGGCGUGGCAGAUUGCAAAGAUGAUCGUCAACGACGUCGUCCAGCAGUCCAACCACGACAGCCCCGCCAAGUCCACCAAGGUACCAGAGCCUCACUGAACCAAAGGAUCGUCACUCCAUGCAGCCGCUGGCCGAGCCAGUGACAAACUGUUCACAGGGUUCACCCUACAAUGAACUGCAGAAUGAACAAGGCUUUUUAUCACCAUCCCAACCCCCCCCCCCCGUGUGUGUGUGUGUGUGUGUGUGUGUGUGUGUGUGUGUGUGUGUGUGUGUGUG